AGGGAGGAGGAGGCGGAGGAUGGGCUGCGGGGGCAGCCGGGCCGAUGCCAUCGAGCCGCGCUACUACGAGAGCUGGACCCGGGAGACCGAGUCCACCUGGCUGACCAACACCGACACCGACCCGCAGCCUCCAGCCGGCCCCGGACCGGACCCCGCACCCGCUUCCGGCCCCGGCCCCGAACCCGCCGGCCUGCCCCUCCGCCGACACCCGGACCCCGGCAUUUUGGAAGAUGGACUAUCAAGUCAGACCUGUGUCACCCUGCCCUCAGCUGCAAGUGGAAUAAUGAACACCGAGAAGAAAACUAGCUGUGGCACUCAAUGUACCAAACCCCCGGUCCAUGGCUCAGGAACUCAGACACAGAAACAGAAUGGCUUUAGAAGUGCGGAGGUUAAAAGGGAUUCCAAGAGGGUACCUUCAAAAGAAGUCACCAAUAACGUUCCAAAAAGCAUCAGACCAAUGGACAGUGAUAGAAGAAUCACGAAGAACUGUGUUAAUUGACUACGUUUUUCCCCCAGAAGCACCAGUGGACUUCUCUAUGCUUUGGUGCACUUUAACUGAGUUUGCUCAAGUAAGGAGCCUGAAGAUCUGUGAAUGCUCAUUGCUGAAUUGUGAGAUGCUGCUGAGGAGUGCCUUGAGAGACUUUGGAUUACCUGGCAGCCAACAGCUGCAGAUCCUGUUUGGACAUCCACAGACCUAUCUUUAUCAAAUGCCUUGGCACAGCACUAAAGAGAUAAUAAACCACUAAUGUGCCAUUCACUUUUUCUCUCUCCAA